AUAACAGGGAAGCCGAACCUCCAGGUAGGUGUGUCCCGUGCUCUCUCGAUAUAUAAUGGACGCCUUCCCCAAAUGUUCUGUCUGUCAGCAGCAGUUUACCCUGAAAGGCCCCGCCCCCUACCUACUGCCCUGUCUACACGCUGUGUGUGAGACGUGUGUGACAUCUGCAGCUGGUGGUGUCAUAUCAUGCUCUACUUGUCAGAGGGAGGUCAACCUCACAGACACAAGCCUCCAGAAAGACGCAGUGAGACAGAAGGAAAUAUUCCAUCUGACAGCCAAACAUCGCCCCACAGAGCUCCUCUGUACACAUGAAGAUGACGGCAACCAGGCUGUGUGUUGGUGUCAGGAGUGUGAGGAGUUACUCUGUGAAUACUGCCAGAACAUGCACAACAGUUUUAAAGCUACCAGACGACAUGUUGUUGAAACCAUUGUGGACACAGCACCAGGAAGCAUACAUACUAAACCAGUUUGCAAACUUCACAGCCCUUAUCCCCUUGAAUAUUUUGACCAAAACUGCAACAUUUUGAUCUGUGCCAAAUGCAGACUUGGCGAGCAUGCUGAGCACGACGUUGGAGAUGUAGAUGUGGCUGCUGAUGCUGCUAGAGGACGGAUAGAACAACAUGGGAAGAACGUGACUGCACAUCAUACUUCUCACCAAGCAUGUCUGAAGAGCAUCAGCAAAGCCGUGAAUGACACCAAGAAGACAAGCAGUGAUCUGAAGGAGACCAUCCACCACACUUUCCAUUCUCUGAGGACACAACUCGAUCAAAGAGAGAAGGAGCUGAUCAUCGACCUAGAGAAUCAGACGAAGCAGGAACUGUCAAAUCUACACACAGAGCAAGUUACCUCUGAAGGCGAGAGUGAACGAUGCAAGUGGACCUCAGACUACAUCAAGACAGUGCUCAGAUAUGCUUCGAACUCGGACUUUCUGACACUGGAGAGUUCCAUACAAGACACAACGAGGACGCACCUCGGAUCACUGCCACCAGAGACGCACAGGGCACCUGCAGCCAGAUUCAACACGAGAGGACUGGAGAAAUUAAAAUCCGACAUCUCUGCCUUCGGGUCUGUCAAUGGAGAUGGAUCCCUGUCUGAUGAACAUACACUUACAGUUGUGGGUUAUCUUGCAGACAAGGGUACACAGACCGACGACGGCCAUUUAACGGACACGGAGAACAUACACAAGCAUCUGAAGUUUCCGGGGGCUGCCAACGAUUCAACGCCACUACCACUGUUUGAUGCGAGGACUAACACUUACAGUCUGGAAACAGGAACAGGGACCACGUUGACACUGCAGUGGAUACGGUGGUACUGGUACAUAGUACAUGGUGUUCUCUCUAGCCUACAAAGUGCCUUGUUGAAUAAGGUCUAAACCAAGGGCCAGAACACCGUUCAUGCAUUUUAUGUAUUGAGUGUAGGUUUAGAAUUUUCUAAAGUAUUCAUCUCCUCGCCGAUUUCGUUCAAAUUUGAAACAUAUGUUAAUCAUAACAUAUAAAAACAAUAUACGAUAGCAAAAGUUUAG